AUGGAUAAUCAGAUAAAUUGCACAGAGGCCGAGGAAGACAUUUUCGAUCUAAUAAUAAGGCAUGCUAGGGGAUUUCGAAACGUGAUCCCGAGAGUUGCGGGAGGCUGGGUUAGAGACAAGAUAAUGGGAAACCCUAGCUUCGAUAUGGAUAUAGCACUGGAGAAUAUAAGUGGAUACAAAUUUGCAGCAGGAUUAGCGAAAUCAACAAGAGGACAGAAGCUCACUGAGGUCCAUGUAAUAAAAGACAACCCAGAGAAGUCCAAGCAUCUUGAAACUGCAGUUGUAAGGAUAAAUGGGUUCUGUGUCGACUUUGUUAAUUUAAGAAGCGAAACAUACUCUGAAACAAGGAUUCCUAACAUAAAUCCGGGGACGCCCCAAGAGGAUGCCUUUCGCCGAGACCUAACCAUCAACUCACUAUUCUACAACUUGUUUACCAGGGAGAUCGAAGACUAUACGGGAAGAGGUGUUGACGACAUAAAAAGAAAGAUAUUGGCAACGCCUCUUGACCCAAGAACAACUCUCCUUGAUGAUCCUCUAAGGCUCGUGAGAAUUUUCAGGUUUCACUCAAAGUUUGGAUUCAAGAUCGACGAAAAAAUUGAUGAGGCCUUACUGGAUGAGAGGAUUAAGCCUGCAUUAGAAAAGAAAGUCUCAAAUGAAAGGAUCCACAUAGAGAUAUUUAAGAUCCUCCACUAUCCAAGAGGCCAAUAUGGGCUCCUGGAAAUAAUUAGAAGGGGAUAUGUGGGUCCUAUAUUUAAGCCGCCUGCUGAAAAGACAACUUCCUAUGAAAAAGGAGCGGUGUUCUGCGAGAUUGUAGAAAAGAUUACUAACCUAUGGGGAAGGCCAUAUAGAAGAGAGGUCCUAAACCUCUACACUGUGCUGUGUUUUUUUAUAGGGCUAACAGUUCCGAACAAAAAGGGUGCCGCUUUCUCAAACACUUACACCAUGAAAACCUCGCUUCCAUCUUCCAAAAAAUUCGUUAAGAUGAUAGAUAAGAUAGAGGAGAGCCUUGUGUUCCUAUCCAAAUACGACAUGAAAAGGCUAGGGACCGAAGAUUUUAUACGAAUGGUGAGGUUUAUGGGAGAGACGUGGUACGAGUCACUGGUAAUAUAUUCUGCAGCUGAAUACAUGGAAGGAAGGCAGGAGAGAUAUGAGGACGGGCUGAGAGCUAUAUAUGGAAUCAUACAGGAAGAUAUGGGGGAGUGCCAUCUCUCCAGGCCCAUAGUGGACACGUGCAGCCUAGCCCAAACCUUAGAAAUAUCGAAGGUGGAUAUAAGAUUUUACAUCGAGGAAAGCAUUGUGUACCAGCUUCUUAGCGGGACAGAAAACCCAGAGGAAAUCAUUAGCCAUCUAAGAACCAUAAAAGCUGUAAGAGAAACACACCAAAAAAAGCUUUAA